UUUAAUAAGAUUAAAUGAUAAAUAAUUUUAUUUUCUAUAUAAAUAUUAAUUUUGAUAAAAAGACGAACGAUAUCGGGAUAUACUGUACACUCUACAUACAAAUAAUCAAUAAAAUUGCUGCAGCUUCACUGUUCAGAUGGCAGCGCGACAGAGCUUAGUAACACGCGUUGAAACUGAAAUAAGAUAAAAAGAGGUAAACUAAAAAAUAUUUUGAUAAUGUGUGUGAUCCUAAUGAUACCAAUAAACACGGUUCAUCGCGUUAAUAAUGUGGGAGAGAUGUACUUAGGAUAUAAUAAUGAGUUAGCAACAAAAACAAUUAUUUAAUUUCGUGAUUAUAAUACUGGGAACGUGUUAUAAACAAUAUGUAAUACUUUAAAUAGUAAACAGUAUUAAUUGCAAAAUACUAAGUCAAAAAUAAUAUUAUUAAUAUUUUAUAAUUAAUUAGUAACAAUUAAAAAGAGAAAAAUAGAAAAACUCUGAAGGAAAUGGAGCAACAAAAUGAUUGCUCAAUUCAAAGAGGACAACCACUGCGUCGCUAUACAAAUGACUACAAGUCAGAAGGACAUUCAUCUACUUUGAAUAAAACAAUGACAAAUCAGCCACAAUAUUCAAAUACAGGAAGACCUACGAUACGCAUAGCUGUUUAUCUAAUGACAGGAGUAUUUCUGACGAUGGAAGUUGAACAAAAUGUGACGGCACAGCAGAUAUUUACAAUAGUUCAAUCAGAGGCAGAACUGGGUUUAUUGAGAUUUUCUUUAGUAACCACUACACCAGUUUUUGCACUAUGGAUGUGUUCUUCGCAGAUGGAAGUUCAAUUACGUCCAACACAUAAGCCUGUAGAAUUGGCUGCAAAGUGGAAUUAUCUCGUGAACAAGUAUAGCUCUCAUGUAGAAGAUUCCGAUGACGAGGAACCUUUGCUAUACUUUCGUAGAAAUAUAUUUUUGUCCAGAGCAGAAGAGGAACAAAUUAAAGAUGCUAAAGUGCUUGAAUUACUCUAUGCGGAAGCCAGACACAAUGUUCUACAAGGACGAUACGCGUGUGACGGUCCCGCGCGUUAUGCCACUUUAGGAGCGUUACAGGCUCGGAUCGAACUUGGGCCCUAUAACGCGCAAACGCAUACCUUGGCGUUUUUCCGAAGACACCGCGGUCGAUUUCUACCGCAUCACCACGCUUUUCCCAGUCUCCUGUUAGGAUUGGGACUCGGAUUGGGACUGGUGGGCGGCAAGGGAGCACCUGAGGCGCAUCUUCUGGAACAGUACAAGCGAAUACCGAAUCAUAACGGUAGCGCUAACGCAAAUCCCAAAAAGUUAAUCAAGAAAUAUCUCGAGUUCUGUUGGAACUUACCGUGUUACGGUGCGGCCUUCUUCCAAGGGCAAAUCGAGCGACCUGUCAGAGGUCUCGCGUCGUGGAUCACCAAUCGCGACAUGCAGGUCCUUGUUGCGAUUAAUACGUCGGGUGUAUACAUAGUCGACGACAUGCAGUGCAGCUUGCUAUUAGGGCUAAAAUACUCGGAACUGAGCUGGGAGAUGGCAAAACCAUCGGACGAGAAUAAUCCGGAUUGCUUGCCUUGUUUAUUUCUGCAAUUUCCGGUGCGAGAGAACGGAGCGCGAGUCUAUAAGAUUCUGCAAGUAUUUUCAAAACAGGCGCCAAUGAUGGAUACUCUUAUUUCCGGCUUCGCCGAGGACUAUCGUCAUCAAUUUAUCAACAGCGACGGUAGCAACGAUCAGUUGGAUCAUCCGCUAGUUUCCCCUACUGGAAACUUUACAAAUAAACUUAGCAAAUUCACGCUGGCCACUUUUGAUGAUGAAGGUCGAUGCAUUGGUCAAAUGGGCUCGUGGUCCUUUCAAUAAAUAUAUUGUACAUUUUGCAAUGCCAAUAUGUAUCCUCCUUGAUGAUAUAAAAUGAGUAUGAUUUUUGUAACAUGUGAAAAA